AAAAUGUGUCAGUUCUUUGCUUUGCAAUCGGAUGUCGGUAAGGUAUAUUCGAUUACUUUUGCCGUCUGAUUCGAUAAUUAUUAUCUUGUUGAAAAUUGAACAUAAUAAUAAUGGCAGCACGCCGCAUCGCUCAAUCCUCGAUUAACUGGUCUGCUCUGGCCGAGCGUGUGCCCGCUAACCAGAAAAGCAGCUUCGGUGCUUUCAAGACAAAAUCGGACAUUUACGUGCGUGCCGUGCUGGCCAAUCCAGAGAAUCCGCCAAAAAUUGAUUGGGCAUACUACAAGAAAUUGAUUCCCGUCUCUGGUCUAGUCGAUAACUUCCAGAAGCAAUACGAGGCGUUGUCCGUGCCAUACCCGAAGGACACUGUUUCCCAGCAGGUUGAUUGCGAAAUCGAGGAGUCGAAGAGCGAGAUUUCCAAGUACAAGAAGGAAUCUGAGCAGCGCAUCCAGAAUUACCAGAAGGAAAUCGCUCAUUUGAAGUCAUUGCUACCAUACGAUCAGAUGACAAUGGAAGAUUAUCGUGAUGCAUUCCCCGAAAGCGCAUUGGAUCCCAUCAACAAGCCCACUUUCUGGCCCCACACACCAGAAGAGCAAGUUGGCUACAAAUCCAAGGAGCAGCUGGAGGCUGAGGCCCAUGGACACCAUUAGGCGCAAUUGUGCAUCUAGUUUAGCAUGAUAUAAGUGUUUUGAUUUAAAUUAUAAACAUUUAUGAAGUGCUAUAAAAAUCUUUAAAAUCGAAAAUAAAAUGAAGAAAUUCGAAACGAUUUUGGUAUCUUGAAUUUGCCGGAAGAUUAAUUUGAUCUAUCAUUAUGUUGGCAUGUAAUUAAAACCGUCAUCUUCAUGCUUAUAUAAAUGCAGUAGUAAAUAAAGUGAUCUUGCAUAUA